CAUGAGCCUCCACUCCUUCAUUCCAUGACAGAAUACCAGUUGAGACGAGGCAAAAACCUCACAGGAACACUCAUUCCUCCCAGCUUGGUGACUUGAAUCUUGGAUACCUUUGCUUUUACUUGGACUUUUUGUGAGUCACAACAGGCAUUUUGUGUGUUUUAAAAAGUUGCAUUUACAACAGUAGCUUACCUGUUCCAUUCCAACGGCCAAGGUUCGUCCUACCCAGCAUCAUUCCCAGGAGAGUGAGUGAAUCCCCGGGUGGGUACAGUGCAGUGUGAAGCCUGCCUAAACCCAGACCAGCUCCGAAAGGUCCAGCUCCCAGCCCAGCACCCUAAACAUGAGACAGCUGUGUGUCUGUGUGUCUGUUCUGCUAGUCUUGGCCACCCUGGCUGUGGCUAGGCCAAAAGCAGCUGAUUUUCAACUCAAUUCCAAUCCAGCACUGGAGCAGAAGUGCAAGUCUGGCCCAGUGGACCUGGUGUUCAUUAUUGACAGCUCUCGCAGUGUGCGACCCCACGAGUUUGAGACCAUGCGCAAAUUCAUGAUCGACAUCAUCCACACACUGGACGUGGGAUCGAACGCUACCCGGGUGGGCCUGGUACAGUACUCCAGCCAGGUUCAGAACGAAUUCUCUCUCAAGACCCACGCAAAGCUGCAGGGCAUGGUGAAAGGCAUCAAUGAGAUCAUCCCCUUGGCACAGGGCACCAUGACGGGCCUGGCCAUCAAGUACGUCAUGAACCAUGCCUUCACGGCAGCUGAGGGUGACAGACCCAAGGUGCCCAAUGUAGCUGUCAUUGUAACGGACGGACGGCCCCAGGACCGUGUGGCGGAAGUGGCGGCCGAGGCUCGGGACAAGGGCAUCGAGAUCUACACAGUAGGUGUGGCCCGGGCGGAUAUGACCUCACUGCGCGCCAUGGCAUCGCCACCCUUCGAGGAUCAUGUCUUCCUGGUGGAGUCCUUUGACCUGAUCCACCAGUUUGGCCUGCAGUUCCAGGACAAGCUCUGCGGGAUGGAUCUAUGCCUGGAGUCUGACCAUGGCUGCGAGCACCUCUGUGAGAGUUCCCCUGGCUCUUUCCACUGCCUGUGUCGGCCAGGGUACACUCUCAACAAGGAUUCCAAGACCUGCACAGCCAUAGAUCUGUGUGCUGAGGGGAAGCAUGACUGUGAGCAGAGCUGUAUCCCCUCCCCUGGAGCCUUCACCUGCGGCUGCAACAUUGGCUACACCCUCAACAACGACAAGAAGACCUGCACAAUGAUCGACUACUGUUCGUUUGGGAAUCACAGCUGUCAGCAUGAAUGUGUGGAUGUACUCAAUGGCUAUUUCUGCCGCUGUGCUGAGGGAUACACGCUCCAAGAGGAUGGAAAGACCUGCCAGAUGAUGGACCUGUGUGAUGAGGGUAAGCAUGACUGUGAGCAGAUCUGUAUCGCCUCGCCAGGCGUCUUCACCUGCAACUGCAACGCUGGCUACACUCUCAACAAUGACAAGAAGACCUGUACAAAUCUUGACCUGUGUAACACAGUGGUGCAUGGCUGUGAGCACCAGUGUGUCAGCACACCAGGAUCCUACUACUGCAUCUGUCCUGAGGCACAGCUACUGGCGGAGGAUGGCAAAGGCUGCAGAACCUGCAGAUCAGCCAACAUUGACCUGGUCCUCCUCAUCGACGGCUCCAAGAGUGUGCGUCCCCAGAACUUUAAGCUGGUAAAGCAGUUUGUAAACCAGGUGGUAGACUCCCUGGACGUGUCGGCGCACGGGACACGAGUGGGCCUAGUGCAGUACUCCAGUCGCGUGCGAACCGAGUUCUCCCUCAACAUGUACCAGACGGCGGUUGACAUCAAGAAGGCGGUGAUGAAUGUGGAGUACAUGGAGAAGGGCACCAUGACGGGCCUGGCUCUCAAGCAUAUGGUAGAGAACAGCUUCUCAGAGGCCGAGGGUGCCCGCAAGAAUGUCCCUCGUGUGGGCCUGGUCUUCACUGACGGCCGCUCUCAAGACGACAUCACCGAGUGGGCCAAGAAAGCCAAAGAAGCAGGUAUCACUAUGUAUGCUGUUGGCGUUGGGAAGGCCGUGGAGGAUGAGCUGCGCGAGAUUGCCUCGGAGCCACACGACAAGCACUUCUUUUAUACCACUGACUUCACUUUCAUCAACCAGAUAGCAGAGAACCUCAAGCUCAACAUCUGUGCAGAGGAGAGCCAGGGAGAGAUUGAGGUAAAAAACCCAUGUUCCUGUGAGAGUCUGGUUGAGUUCCAGCAAGCCACAAUGACCACGCUGGAGCAGCUGACAACAAAACUGGCGGGGAUGACUGCUCGAUUGGAGGACUUGGAGAACCAGCUGCUGUCACGGAAAUGAGGGGUGUCAACCAUGUAACCCAACAAGGAUGUGGAGAUUCAUUGAGUAUAGAGGACUCUUCCUGUCAAGAAUGUAACAGGAAAAACAAGUCCUGUCAAUGUUGAAUAUCCAUGAUGUAAAUUACCCAAAACAAUAUUUCAUGUAGAGUAUCUCGUAUCAGAGCAUGAAUGCACUGGACUUAAGUCAUGUCAAACACAUCAAUAGGAACAGUUGGCACACUACUUACUGUAGACAUAAGCACAGGCAACUAGAAAGUACAGCCAUUGUUUAUAACUUAAACACAGUAUUUUUCCAUUGACACACCAGAUACCAGUUUCUUUGUGCCCUAUUUAUACUUGAUCUGUUUUAUAUGGUUUGUUAAAUGUGAUGUAUUUAUAGCCAUUUUUUUAUACCGGCAGUAGAUAUCUGAGAAAAAAGAAAUUAAGAAGUGUUACUAUUACCAGUCCUUAUGAUCUAGCCUAGGUCAAUUCAAAGCACCAAUCAGUGAUUCGUAGAAAGUAAUAUAAUGCAAUAUUUGUAGAGGAAUGAACAAUAGCAGCAUCAAAAAGAGUACAAAUAAUGGUUCCUGGAUUUACAAAAGUGAAACCAAGCAUCACCCAAUUACCCAGAUCAAACCAAAACAUGACUGUCUAGAGGAUGAGAUCAAGUACUGUAUUAACUUGGUCACAUUAAUUGUCUUACUGGGGAACUAUGUAUGAAAUUGAAUUAGGUAAUGACUUUACUGAUAUAUUAUGUGAAAUCAAAAUACCACCAAAAACAAAGCGAAGUUUAUGCCCCACCUUUUGCUAUGGUUUAAUUUUAAAUCGAUUGAGCUUUUUACAGUUCAAUUAAUUAUCCCUCUCUGUUAUGCAUUUUACUGCAUUUUUGAGGGACAGAGAGAAUGUCACUGAGAUAUGUAACUGAACAAGAGGGCCUUUUAAGUUUCUUGUUAUUCUUUGUUUAGUCUUGUAUUAAACGACCACGUGAUGGAAAGAUUUAUACCCCUAUAUUUGGUUACCUGUAGUUUUUGUAUAUUUCUAAUAACCUUUUUUUGUUAUGUUCAAAGCCUCUCUGUAUUCUGGCACAGACGGCAAUAAAGACAAAAUUGUUC